CGGUGCAUUGCAUUCCGAUUUUACGAUUUAUCCAAUUUGAAAGACCAUCGGUGGCCUAGUACCAACCAGGUUGCAGAGCUAAUAAUUAAAAAGAAAGAAGAAGAAGAAGUCUUUCUAGGCAUUGAUUUAAUUCCUAUAUGGCCACGGCAAGUUCAUCAAACAAAGCAGUCGACGAGACGCCGCAAGAGGAUUGUAUUUGGAUAGAAUUCAGAUUGUUGCAAUCAAUUAUGUUGCGAAGCAAAUUGGGUCAGACAAUGCUGAAACUUACGGAUUAUUUUCUAUGGAUCCUAGAGAAAUGUACGGAAUGGAGUUUGCCUAGACAGAAUAUCGAAGAUGAGAAAGACUCAGAAAAAACGGAACUCGUGAGACCAUUGCCAUGGCUUUUAUUCUUACCGAGCUUAAUGAUAUUGCGCAUAAUCAGAUUGAUAGUAAAUAUAGGUGCUUCCUUGUUGAAUUAUCCUAUGAUCACGCCAAGUAAAAUGAUAAGGCUCGUGCAAAAAAGUCGUAGAUAUCUGCAUGAUGCAAUGAAGAAAGACAAGAAAGAGAGGUGUGAGCUCAAGGACAAGAGAUCGUCAAUGUACAAGGGCAAGAAGGCCCUGAUCAGAUCCAUUCGUCUGACUUUAUCAAGCUUAUCCUGCCUGGAUACACCCAAACCCUCUCCGUCACCACCGCCUACUAAAAUUUGUAUUAGUGUCAACCUCGAUCCCGAUUCAGUAACAACGACAUCGGAAGAAAAGUUGAAAGAAAAGUCGGAAGAAAAGUCAGUAACAGAAUCAAUGGAUUCUACAUCAACAUCAGAACACUCAACGAGCGAAUCGGAGAAGCAUGAGAAGGAAGAGAAAGAGAAAGAACAGAAGGAGACUCUGAAAGAGAAGAUUGAUCGACUCGCUUUGGAAAAUAGCGAAGACGAUGAAAGUUUUAAGCCGGACGAAUACUCGUCGAGUGACGUGGACAGUAUCGAUGAUGAGAGCAGCGACGGUAACGUGUCCCCGAAUGAGAUUCGCGACAUCGUUGAAGCGAAGAACACUGUAGCGUUCAAGAAAAAGGUAACCAUGGAGCAGUUUUUGGAAGUCGAGCGAACUUCCACGUCGGUGUCUGAACAGAAAUCCAUCGAGUCGACUUGCGAAAAGAGAUCGUCGGCCAAGGAGAGCCGCGAUAAGGUAGAAGAGCACUUCGCGACUUCGCAGCGUAUCGAUUCGUCAGAGUGUUGUACGUCCGACAGAUCCAGUCAGGAAGGCGAUCUGACCUUCUAUUCACCGAUCAGCUCUGAUUCGGAUAGUGACGCGCCGAAGGAACCAUCGGUGUCGACCGUCCAACAAUGUGUCUCAAGACAAAUAUUAAAGACAAAAGAGUUUAUCAAUGGCGAAGCACGAUUCUUCUCAGCAUCAACGAUUUCAGACUCAAAAUCGUCCAGGCAGACUAACACCGACGCAGUAGUGGAGAAGCGCAGUACAAACAUGAGUAAAAGUCACAAAGGUAAGCGCACGAGUCGUGGCAAUCGCAAGAAAAAAUAAUCGAUUAACAAAAGCAAAACAAAAAAAAGAGAUAAAGAGAGAAGAGGGAGGAAAAGAACGAAAGCUUUCCUCCGAGAUAAAGGACGAAAUCCAUAGACAUUGCUCAAGAUUCGAGAUGAUCUUAAGCUAGUGCAUGAACCAAUCAGA